CAAAAAUACAUUUUUUGGUUCCCUAAGACGAAGUUUAACCCCUGUAACUGCGAAAAGACGAGUUUUCGUUCAUUCUUGCGCAUCUUGGCCCUGAUUGGCGAAAUUUUCACUUCCAUGCGCUUGCGCACAGCGUCGCUGUGGCGCCUCCACGCGGUGCAUCUACGCGAAAGUGCAUCAUUUGGAGUUGGAGUGUAUAACGGGUAACUAUAUGUAUAUCACAUAUUAAAAUAGUUCCAUACAACAUCUGAAAUACAGUUAGGAAAGAAGAGCUUGGUAUCUGAAUUUUAUGAGGAAAUAGUUUUUCAAGAUCCAACAGCAUUGAUGCAACAUCUACUAAAUUCUAGUCAUAAUACAGAUUGCAAAGAGCCUUUGAAACCGUUACGAGAUGCUAGAACUACCCCAUCCGAACAAAGUAGUUGUUCAAGGAGUUCAGCCAAGGAAAGUUCUAAAGCUGGUCCUAGCUCUAGAAAACGGAGGCGUUCUGUUAUAGACGAAGGUGACAUAGUGUCGAAGAGGCUGCACAAUGAAGAAGCUAAAUUUGCUAAAAGUGUUGCUGGUAGAGAAGGGACACCUAGGUUUAAUCGAUUCUUAGAUUUUUUAAUUGAAGAGGAAGGAAAAAAAUGUCUAGAGGUUUUGAAAAGAGAAGGAGUAAAUUUAACUAAUAUGUCCAGUAUUUUAAGUAGAGCAGGAGCCAAUGCCGAGAAAGCUUUUAAAGAUUUAUAUAACCUUUGGUUUGAUGCAGAAGGAAAUAAAACUCAAUAUUUAAAAUCUCUAGAAAAAGAAGGAGUAAAUCUAUCUAAUGUGUCCAGUAUUUUAAGUAGAGCAGGAGCCAAUGCCGAAACAGCUUUUAAAGACUUAUAUGACCUUUGGUUUGAUGAACAAGGAAAUAAAACACAAUAUCUAAGAACUCUAGAAAAAGAGGAAAUAAAUUUACCUAAUAUAUCCAGUAUUUUGCAUGGAGUAGGAGCUAAGGCUAAAGUUACUUUUAUAGAAUUAUAUAAUCUUUGGUUUGAUGCAGAAGGAAAUAAAACACAAUAUUUAAAAACUCUAAAAAAAGAAGGAAUAAGUCUAGCUAAUAUGUCCAGUAUUUUAGGUGGGGCAGGAUCUAAUGCUGCAAAAACUUUUAAAGACUUAUAUUAUCUUUGGUUUGAUGCAGAAGGAAGCAAAACACGAUAUUUAAAAACUUUAGAAAGAGAAGGGAUAAAUCUAGCUAAUAUAUCCGGUAUUUUAAGUGGGACAGGAGCUAUGGCUGCAAAAACUUUUAAAGACUUAUAUGGUCUUUGGUUUGAUUCAAAAGGAAAGAAAACACAAUAUUUAAGAACUCUAGAAAAAGAAGGAAUAAAUCUAGCUAAUAUAUCCAGUAUUUUAGGUAGGGCAGGAGCUAAGGCUGUAAAAGCUUUUAAAGACUUAUAUGACCUUUGGUUUGAUACGCAAGGAAAUAAAACUCAAUAUUUAAAAACUCUAGAAAAAGAAAGAAUAAACCUAGCUAAUGUGUCCAGUAUGUUAAGUGGAGCAGGAGCUAAGGCUGUAAAAGCUUUUAAAAGCUUACAUGGUCUUUGGUUUGAUUCAGAAGGAAAGAAAACACAAUAUUUAAGAACUCUAGAAAAAGAAGGAAUAAAUCUAGCUAAUAUAUCCAGUAUUUUAAGUAGGGCAGGAGCUAAGGCUGUAAAAGCUUUUAAAGACUUAUAUGACCUUUGGUUUGAUACGCAAGGAAAUAAAACACAAUAUUUAAAAACUCUAAAAAAAGAAGGAAUAAGUCUAGCUAACAUAUCCAGUAUUUUAAAUGGAGCAGGAUCCAAUGCUGUAAAAGCUUUUAAAGACUUAUAUGACCUUUGGUUUGAUACGCAAGGAAAUAAAACACAAUAUUUAAAAACUCUAAAAAAAGAAGGAAUAAGUUUAGCUAAUAUGUCCAGUAUUUUAAGUGGGGCAGGAUCUAAUGCUGCAAAAACUUUUAAAGACUUAUAUGAUCUUUGGUUUGAUGCAGAAGGAAACAAAACACAAUAUUUAAAAACUUUAGAAAGAGAAGGGAUAAAUCUACCUAAUAUGUCCAGUAUUUUAAGUGGAGCAGGAUCUAAUGCUGCAAAAGCUUUUAAAGGCUUAUAUGAUCUUUGGUUUGAUGCAGAAGGAAAGAAAACACAAUAUUUAAAAACUCUAGAAAAAGAAGAAAUAAAUCUGACUAAUAUAUCCAGUAUUUUACAUGGAACAGGAUCUAAUGCUGUAAAAGCUUUUAAAGACCUAUAUAAUACUUUAUUUGAUGAGCAAGGAAAUAAAAAACAGCAUUUAAAGCAUUUUGUUAAGAAAAAUGGUUUUACAAUACAUAACUUAUCAAGUAUAUUAAGUGGAUCAGGAGUCAAUGCUCAAUAUGCUUUUGAAAAGUUGCAUAGUGUCUGUUUUAACGUCAAAGGGAAAAGAACAAAACUUUUAAAUGAUUUCUAUAAUGCAGGUUUUGAGCCUGGUAACUUAUCCUGUAUGUUAUGUGGAGCAGGAGUUCAUGCUUCUUCUAUUUUACAAAGAUUGCAUAGUGUUUGUUUUGAUGAUAAAGGAGAAAGAACAGAGCUUUUAAAUGACUUCUGUAAUGUAGGUUUUAGGUUGGGUGAUUUAUGCAAUAUAUUGAGUGGCGUAGCAGGUAAUCUAGAAGAAUUUCACGAUUUUUGUUUUAUAGGAGAAACAAAAAAGUAUUUGUACCAUUUUUUAGAUGAGAAAGAAAGUUUUACGCCGAGUAAUUUAUGUAGUAUAUUACAUGGAGCAAGAGCUAAUAUUUAUUUUGCUUUAAUAGAUUUUCAUAAUGUUUGUUUUGAUGGGGCAGGAAAUAGAACACAGCUUUUAGAUGAUUUCUAUAGAGCAGGUUUUACAGCAAGUAAUUUAUCCAAAAUAUUGUCCAUGGCAGGAAAUAAUGCCUCUUCUAUUUUAGUAAAUUUUUAUAAAUCUUGUUUUAAUAAAGAAAAUUAUUUAAAUCACUUUUUAGCAGAGAAAAGACUCUUUACACCAAAUAAUUUAUCUAAGAUAUUAGAUAGAGUAGGACUUAAUAUUUGUUUUACUUUUGAAAAACUGCAUGAUCUUUGUUUUGAUAAAGAAGGAAACAAAACAAAUUAUUUAGAUAAUCUUAUCAAAAGUAACCCGACAAAUAAAAUACUUAAUAUAUUACAUAAAGAAGUUAAAAAAGCUCCUUCUACCUUUUUAGAUGGUAUAUCACUGCAACAACAGAAUAUUAGCGGGACAGAGAAAACAAAAUAAGAAAAUAUAGAUGAUCUUACACAGUAAAGUCUACUGAGUAGACCAACACAUUCCAAAACAAAAAGCUCUCGCGGCCCUUAGUUUUGGGCGCUAGAGAUGGUUGUAUUAUUUAAGUUUCUAGAGAUAUAUAAUACUAAAUUAAUAGAGAUUGAUUUAAGAAUAGCAAAGAGAAAUCGAGAUUUCCGUCUACUAUCAUCAGUUUUGGUUGGCUUUAAUUAAGUUCUCUUUAGAACACCAUUAUCAACUAUAUCGCUGACAUCUAUGGAUGAUUAAAUUUUUAUUAAAGAAAUAUGUUGAAUUGUAAUACUAUUUUAGUAAUAAUGUGAUGAAAGUUUUAUUAUUUAAAUAGUUAUUAAUGGCUAAAAUUCAUGCAAGGUCAACAAGAUCAAAAUAUGGCAUAAUAGGAGCUCCUAGACAACUUACUAGAAAUCCUAUUUCAGUUUUUAAACUCAUAAAAGAAGGAAAUAGCGGAAAGAAAGAAGAACAUGAAAAACUGUUAAAGAAAUUAAGAGAAGAA